UUGGAUUUAGAAGUCCCCGUUUCGUCUAUGCAUCAACACUGAAUCCUAUCGCAGCAAUACAUUCAGCUAGAGUCCAUAAUUUUUGGCUACCCCCACUCUCGGAUCUUCUGCAAUACAUAUACAAGAGGAACAAAAACCCAAUGGAGCGAAAACCAGUGGUGGUGAUGAACGUAAAAAUGUGUUGUCCUAAAUGCGAAGAGAAGGCAAGAGAAGAAUGCCAGGAAGUUUCAGGAGUGGUGAGGGUCAUUACGGAGAGGAGCGAGAGCAAAGUGACGGUGUAUGGUCAAGCCGAUGCAGAUGCCUUGCUCAAGAAAAUGAGGAGGCAUCUUGACAAGCACGCAAUGUUUUGGCGCACUCUCGACGGGGCAGAGGUUGCGCAUCCAUUACUUUCCGUUGAUCCCCCGGCAUUGCAUGCUCAAAGUCGUACUGCAGGAUUGGAACACAAAAGCUGUCCAAAGUUGAGAACUGACAUUCCUUCUUCAGUUGAUACAAAGGAUGGGAGACCGCUUGUGCAGCCUCGAGAAGUACACCAGGUCGAGAGAGAGACCAGGGGGAGUAUACAGAAUACUCAAGAUAGAUCGCCUGUUCCUCGGGAUACGCACGGUCAUGGCGAGUUCCCUGGAGCUGGAAAGCAUGGGCACGAAGGCCCUCAGAAAGUUGUCUUUGUUCACGCCGACGCUUCAGUCGAUCCCUUGAGAGCUCAUGCAACUGAUCCUCAUGAUGGAAACAUUAGGUCUAUUGCAGCCCAUGAGCCACCUGAUGCAAUGCAUUCUAAUACAUCACCUCGUGGUAAGCAACUCUCAGGUUCUUCUGUGAUGCACUCAGUUGCCACAGAUCCUCGUGAAGGGCGCCCACUCACACCGCCUUACGGAAGGCCCAUGGACCCUCGCGAAAUGCAGCGACCAGUUCAUCCCCGAGAUGAAAUGCGACCAAUUUACCACACUUGUGAUGGAAGCCCCUUCGACCCACAUGCCACGAGAUCUACUGACCGUCGUGAUCAGCUGCCACUCAUGGAUCCCCACAUGAGAAGACCAGCUGAAUCAGUAGACCAUCGAGAAAUGAUGCGUCCAGCUGACCCUCGAAUGACGAGGACCAUCGACCCACGUGAUAUGCGCACAGUGGAUCCUCGCAAGACCGAUCCGCGUGAUGAGAGAUCAAUAGGGGCUACAAGUUAUAGGCGUGCACCAGAGCAACAUCCUCGAUCAGGCACGAGAGUUCCGGAGUGAUUAGUUCCGGUUCGAACUGGACGGGACUCACGAGAGCUCAACUUAAUAUCCAGCGAUCCUCGAGAACCACGAUUAAGCCCAAUUAGAGGGCAAUAUCCUGAGCAGAACAGGCCUCUAAGUCCUCGCGAACAAGAUCAGCACUUGUCACGAAGUCCAAGGCAGGCACUUGAUCACGGUCCCCGUAGUCCAAGGGAUUAUCAUCAACCUGAUUACGCUCAGCGCGAGUCCUCUCGAGAAAUGUUAGGACCUCAGUACGGGUCACGGGGCUUUAGUGAAGGCACUGGCCAUGCUUCGCGAGCAUCAGAUAGGGCGAGGGUGCCAGGGACCAUGCCCGCUUACAGAACCGUGGACCCUCGUGUAGCAGCGGCAUAUGAAUUCCAAGGCUAUAGCGAACCUCGAGGCGAGCAUGCAUAUCCCCGAGGGAGUGCAGGCGGACCCUCAGAAGUACCGCCACAGGUGCGUACAUAUGGCGACUUUGAGCCAGGAGAGCUGGAUAUGACUUUGCGGGAGUUGCAUCAAGACAUGACUGAAUUGGAUGGUGAGCUUCGUCGCCUGGGGCAUGACAUUGGGCGAUUCUUGCCAGAUGGGUUCCUACGACAGUACGCCCCGCAGCACAGUGAGUCCCGGAGGAGGGAAGCGGAUCCCCGAGACCAUCAACCCAAACAGAACUACUACAGUGAUUACAAGCCCAGCCAAAAUUAUCAGCCCGGCCCUCUCUCCUCUCAGGAAAUAGACGAGGUCCCCAUCACCAACCCCAACUACAAGAAGCACAUCAACAACCGUGCAGAUCAGUAUUAAUAAUUUUAAUCCCCUUUUUGUCUCUUGCUCUGCUGCUGUUGCUUCCCAUUCCCUAUUUGCACGUCGUGAACAUCCUGUGUUUUUGUAGAGCAGAAACAUCAAAGCCGAAUGAAUGGCUUAGUGGAGUCCUCUCCAUAUUUUAUAUUCUGUGCCCUACAUGAUUUCCACAUCGCCUUCAUUACUUAUCUGCCCACUUGAACACAUCUCAUGAAGCUCUACGGCUUAGAAAACGUGCAGAUAUCACUCUGCUCCUAAUUUUGUACGAGCAUCCUACGCUGCAAGUUCUGUCAAUAAUCAAAUUGGUGAUGUUUCGAGAUCAGUAAUCUGCCAA